AUGCAUGGAAUAAGAAUUCUAAAUGAGAAAUGUGAUGUCCGAUGGGGUGUUGGAGCCGAUUUGGCGGAGUUACUCUAUUUCCUGGACCAUUUCGGCAUGUGCUUAUUGGAACUAUCGCAGGAUGAUGAGGUUGCGCUGCACUUGCGCCAUAAUUGCUUGCGAUAUCACGUGGACUUGGUAAACAGGGAACCGGAUCGGCCACUGUGGUACAAAAGAUUAGCUAACGUAUAUGCUGACCUUUGUGAAGAAUACGCCAAUGCUUUCACACGCAAGUUCUAA